CAACAAUUCGAUUGCCAUGAUUACUUAUCAGAGGUAGCUGUUAAUAUUAUGGUAGAAACAGCAUUGGGUGUUAGCAGAGAGAAGAUUAAACACAUCGGAUAUGACUAUACAAUGGCCGUUAAGAAACUGGGCGAGAUCGUGCACAAAAGGCAUUUCAAUCUGUUGUUGCGUUCGGAUAAAUUGUUCAAAGUCUCGAAAUAUGCCAAAAUGCAACAGAAAGCGAUUGAAACCGUUCAAUCGCUGUUGAAAUUAGUGAUCCAAGAGAAAAAGAAGGACGUCGAACAAAAGGAGAAGAAUAAUAUGCAUAACAUCGUGGCGGAGCAUUUAAACAAGAACACGGAAGACGACAUGAGCACAACAAAUUACAAGAUGCACUACGCAAAGGAUGAUCUUGACGAUAUCCAUGAGAACGAUGUUGGAGAGAAAAAACGACUACCCUUGUUGGAGAUGCUGAUAGAUAGGAAGAAGAAGGGAGAAAUGACGGAUAAGGAAAUUUUGGAUGAUGUCAACUCUGCUUUGUUCGCGGGUUACGAUACCGUAUCAACUACCGUGAGUUUUGUGCUCUGCACAUUGGGAUGUCUUUCAGAAAUUCAGGAACGUGUACACGAAGAAAUGGACUCAAUAUUCUUUGACAGCGACAGGCAGUGUACUUUCGUGGACACUGUCAACAUGAAAUAUCUGGAGAGAGUUAUAUUGGAAACAUUGAGGCUUUUUCCCACAAUACCAUUAAUUUCAAGGAAAAUUAAAAAGGACGUAAGGAUAGGCAAUUACGUUCUUCCAAAAGAUGCCACCAUUGUGAUGAUUCCAUUCCUGGUACAUCGUGCAGAAAAAUAUUACCCGAAUCCACUAGUUUUUAAUCCAGAUAAUUUUCUACCGGAUAAAAUGCAACAGAGGAAUCCUUACGCUUACAUUCCCUUCAGCGCAGGCCCGAGGUCGUGCGUGGGACGAAAGUACGCAAUAGUGAAAAUAAAGAUUUUGCUGUCCACGAUAUUAAGAAAAUUUCGCAUUACUUCUGAUGUGGCAUAUCAAGAAUUUCCUUU